UACACCGAAUUAAAAUCUUUUUGAUUGUCUCUUUAAACUUUACGGCCAACAAUUAGAUUGUACUUGUAAUUUGAAUUUAGAACCAUCACAACAAUUGGCUGAUUUGGCGCCAUCCAUAUUGGCAGCUGCGCAACUUAAUAUUUUAUACGUAAGAAACUGGUGAUUUCAGUAUUUUCCAAAGCCAAUACAUUGGAAUUUGUAAAAUUUCCACUCAUUAGCAGUAUGUUUAAACCGGAAGAGCAACAAGUUGAAAUAUGUUUACUAAAAUCAAAUUUAGAACAAAUUGAAAAUGAUCUAGUUGUACAACGUUCAGCAUUGCCGGCACUCGACGCUGAGAAUGAGCAGAAAUAUCGGGAAACGAUGACCGCGUUGAGAGUUACCCGUUCAUUGAACACUGAAAUUGAACGUCUAAAGCUUGAAAAUGUCCGAUUGACUGCGAAACGUAUGCAGUUAACCCGCCAAAGCGAUGACAUAACUAAAAGCGUAGAGCGAGCUCGCGAGAACCACGCCGAAUUGACUGAAUCAAUGAAGCAAGAAACCCGUGAUACGGAACUUCUAAUACGACAAUAUGAAGAUUCUUUACAAGAAAUAGCUGAUCGAUUCAGAAAAACUCAUAAUUAUUACAACGAAGAAGAAGUUAAUGCGGAAACUGAAAAAGUAAAUACUACAAUUUUGGAUCUAGAAGAAGAAAUACAAAAGCGUCAGUGUAUGGUUGAUGAAUUUAAACAACAGCUAAACCAGCUUCAACCAGAUUUACCUGAGGAUCUGCUUGUUAUAAUGGGCAAAUUGGAAUUAGACAAAAAUGUCAAGGAUCUUACCGAAAAAUACGAUCUGUUGGUAGAACAACGAAAUUUACUUCUGAAGAAUUGAUUAUACUACCCUGUGUUACUUCACUAGUAGAACUUUACUAACAAAUUCAUUUAAUUACUUUUAUAAUUAAAAAAAUGCAUAGCAUUACCAUUUAACAAUGACAUUAAAACAAUAACUACAAAAAACAAUCCUUAUCUAUCAUUUCCCCUUUCUAUAACCUUUCCACUUUUAAGCUAAAAUUACUGGUAGGUAAUCGUAGUUAUGUUAACUCAGUAGCUGAUGCUGAUAAGAAAUGCUACCCUUUGUUAUAGAGGUUAUCUAGAAGUACCUUCCCUUCUAACCUUUUGUGUUAACUGUGUUUUUACAUAAUGUAGAUAGGUUCUAGUAUUGCAUGUCUCAA